AUGUCUAAUUCAUCAACAAAGUGCUUAUUAAAUGAAGCAAGUCAACAACUAAGACAAGAAUUGGAAAAAUUUUCAACUAAUCACCUAGUUCAAGUGAAUAAAGAGAUCAAUCAAAUAAGUUCUGGUUUAUCCAAAAUAGACAAUAAUGUUGAGAAUGUUAGAGACAAUAUUAAAACUAUGGAAAAAGAUUUAAAAUACAUAAAAAAUGAAGUAUUUAAAUUAGAUCCAAGUUUUAUUCCUACUAUUAAUUUAAUUAACAAAGAUAAUUUAAUUGAAGCUAAAUAUAUUAAAUAA